CUGGAACACGGCGCUGAAAACCUAGAGAGGACUAAGAGAGAGAGGCUAACUCAAAACCCCAUCUGCCUUUAAGUAGCUCUCCUGCUCUGCUUCGUCGCUUUAGCCAUGGCCACUGCUAAAACUGUCAAGGACGUGUCUCCUCAUGAGUUUGUCAAGGCUUACUCUGCGCAUCUCAAGCGAUCUGGCAAGAUGGAGCUUCCUCACUGGACUGAUAUUGUGAAGACAGCUCAAUAUAAGGAGCUUGCUCCCUAUGACCCUGACUGGUACUAUGUCAGAGCUGCCUCCAUGGCUAGGAAAAUCUACUUGAGGGGAGGUCUUGGUGUUGGUGCAUUCCGUAGGAUUUAUGGUGGCAGCAAGAGGAAUGGAAGCCGUCCACCUCAUUUCUGCAAAAGCAGUGGAGCUGUUGCUCGUCACAUUCUUCAACAGUUGCAGAACAUGAACAUUAUUGAGAUUGACACCAAGGGUGGAAGGAGAAUAACAUCCAACGGCCAACGGGAUCUUGACCAAGUUGCCGGGAGGAUUGUGGUUGCUCCUUGAAUCCAUGGUGGAUGAUAAAGCAAUGAUUCAGCGGACAAUGUAAUUUGAUGAUAUAUUUCAGACUUCUGUUAGUUAAUGGGAGAGAUUUUGCUGUGUUGUCUAGCAAGUUUUGAUUGCAAUUGUAGACCUUUAAGAAUGAACCUGGUUCUGUUUUGUUGAGUUUAGUUUUCUCAUUCUAUCUAUAGGUUCACUUUAUGUUCAUGUUGUGGGAGGCGUUAAUGUUUAAAGAUUAUAGGAUGAUUUUUUAAUCUUGCUUGUGGAAUUAGAGCUUAAUUUUAUUUAUCAAAGCAUCAAAAUGAUAUUUUCUCGCCCA